AUUCCCACGCGAGUUCGGCAAACUUCCUUCUUUGUUUAGAACAUCGAGCAAAAUAUGGUCUCCUUAGUACUUCAGAAGCGACUUGCUGCCUCCGUUUUAAAAUGCGGGAAGCGUAAAGUUUGGUUAGAUCCCAAUGAAACUACUUCAAUUGGUCUUGCAGCUUCAAGAGCUAAAAUUCGAAAGCUUGUAAGAAAUGGUCUCAUCUAUCGGAAACCUAAUGCCAUGCAUUCCAGGAGCCGCGUGCUCCGUCGCCGGGACGCUGUCCGGCGGGGGCGGCACACCGGCCCUGGGAAGAGGCAUGGUACACGCGAAGCUCGGAUGCCCUCAAAAGUUUUGUGGAUUCGACGAAUGCGAGUCUUGCGAAGGCUACUUCGGAAGUAUCGAGAAACUAAAAAGAUCGACAAACAUCUUUAUCGCGAGCUUUACUUGAAGUCGAAAGGAAAUCAAUUUAAAAAUAAAAGAAAUUUGAUGGAGCAUAUUCACCAUCAAAAGCAAGUAGCCACACGUGCUAAACUUUUAGCGGAUCAAGCAGAGGCUCGCAGGCUUAAAGAUAAGACUCGGCGUGCUCGUCGUCAGGAAGUCGCUGCGGAUUUGACUCAGAAAAUGUUGUAGUGUUGCUUUUUU